CCGCAUCUUCUGUUUCUCAUCCUUGAAUUUAUCUGUACAAUUGUCUUCAGUCCCAAAUAACAAUGCUUGAAGUUUACCUCGAUCCCUGCACCGUCAAUAGCCGAAAGGUGUUGGCCGGGCUCGACUUGUUAGGAACUCAAUACCACUUCAAUUACGUGGACUACUUUGCUGGUGCACACAAGAGUGAGGACUACAAGAAGCUGAACCCUCAUUGCACAGUCCCAUGUGCAACCGACGACCACUGCACCAUCACGGAAUCGAACGCCAUACUGCAGUACGCAGCAGACCUUGGAGCAGAUGAUCGCCAUUACCCGAAAAAUCUGAAGAAGCGCGCUGAUGUCAAUCGCUGGCUACUGUGGGAGGGUUCCGUCUGGUUUCAAAGCUGCUAUGUCUAUCUCGUCGAAUAUGUCGUCAAGCCUCUCCUUAAGACCGACCCCGACGAGUCUAUCAUCGAAGAACAAGCACCUCGUUGGAACCAACUCGCCAGCAUUCUUGAUGCUCAGCUUGCCAAGACGAAAUGGUUGACUGGUGAUGAAGUCACCAUCGCCGAUUUGGCUGUCGCUUCUCCCAUGCACCUACAUGCAGCACAGCGUCUCCCACUCGACAAAUACCCGAACCUCAAACGCUGGCUGGUGGAUGGUAUUGAGAAGCUCCCAUGUUGGCAGAAGACUCAAGGCGCGGUUGAUAAAGCAUUAUUACCAGACCGUGCCACCACCAAUGGUUCACAUGAAGCGAAUUCUCAAGUCCACGCCACUUUCAAAUACACCAAAAACGUCGAGAAACUCACGGAAUUGUACUUUUACGAGUGUGAUGCCGCCAAGGACAUUCACGAGCCCGGCGACGAUCCCCAUCAAGUGGCUGUUACCGAUGGCUGGCACCGAGUGAAAUCUUUCUCGACGGAUACGCAUGGAUUUUCUGUCCACGAUUUCAAGACCAGAUACGACAAGUGGCAAAACGAUGAGAGCGUGCGCGGUUCAUUCUACCCCGAGGUCGUCGAAUUUUUGAGGAAGUCCACUGGAGCUAAACGCGUGCUUGUGUUUGACCACACAAUCCGCUCCAAAACCAACGAAGCCAAGAAGCUCACCCAAGAAACGAACACCUCACAGCGCGCCCCUGUCAUGUUAGUACACUGCGAUUACACCUCCGAAUCAGGCCCAGUACGAGUCCGCCAACUCCUCAAAGACGAAGCCGAAGACCUGCUAUCCCGUCGAGUCGCCUUCUUCAACGUCUGGAAACCCAUCAAUCGCGUUGUCGAAGAGCGCCCAUUGGCAAUGUGUGACGUGACAUCUGCACCGCAGGACGACUUUUUCAAGCUUCAUCUCAGAUACCGGGACCGGAAUGGCGAGAAUUAUGUCAUGCGCUACUCGGCUCAGCAUAAGUGGUGGUACUUUCCGAAGAUGACGCCAGAUCAGGCUAUUGUGUUGAAGACGUAUGAGUCUGAGACUGAUGGUCGUGCGAGGUUUGUUGGGCAUACUGCUUUUGAGGAUCCGACUUCGCUGCCAGAUGCGCCUAUGCGUGAGAGUAUUGAGAUCCGGACCAUUGCAUUCUUCUAGUUGGUCUUUUUGCAGAGGUGU